AACCCUCAAAAUUGUUGUAUCUUCAAUUUUGAACCCGCCGCCACUCAUCUUCAGCCUCUCUCUCACAACCGCACCACACCACCCCAACCUCACACCGGCCGAAAUUAAUCCCCCAAUAUCCAAUUCAUCUUCUCUACUUUUCGCCGCCAUUGUCAACCCGCCACCCCAUCGGCUGAAAGAAAAGCACAUCAUUUCAUCAAUUGAUUUUUUCAGAUUCACCGACUCCGCCGCCGCUUCUAGUCGCAGCCUCCAUGGGUUGAAGAAGCUCUUUCUCUAGCUCGGUUUAACGAGCCGAGCUCGAGCUCAAAUAGACGACGCGAGCUCGUUUACAGCCCGAUUUAAUGGCUUUUGAGCUCUUUGUGUUUGUUGAUUAGCUCAAACUAGGGUUAUUUGGGGCUGCACCAUCCGAGGGAACGAAGCUUUCAUUUUGAGGUUUUGAUUUCGAAGAUGGAUCGACUCAGUGAGUUGCCGGAUUAUGCAAUAUUUCACAUUUUUUGGUCGUUGCCUAUUAUUGAUGUUGUUAGGACAACAAUUCUAUCCAAGCGCUGGGAAAACCUUUGGACCACCACUCCCUUCCUUAAUAUAACUGAUAAUCAUAUUUCUGAUUCUGAUACUGGAAAAAAGUUUGCAAACAUUGUUCAUCGGGCUUUAUUACGCUGGGAUGGGGUAAAGGUUCUGAAAUUCAAGGUUAACUUGCACCGUGAGCUUUCAAUUUAUGUGGAUGCUGAUUUGUGGGUGCGAUUUGCCAAGAAACAUGAAGUCGAGGAAUUAUACUUGCCUUGGAGGGAUUUAAAUAUGAAAAGGAUUGGUAAUAAUGAUCACAAAGUAUGUUGGGUGCCACAGUAUCUGUACUCAUGCUCCUCGCUUAAAGUGUUAUCGAUCAACACUUUUCACUUUAGUAUUAGAGGAAAUGUGCAGUGGAAUCAACUCAAGAGUUUAACCAUUGUUAAUGGUUUUGGGGUCACUGAAGACGUGAUGAAUCAAGUAUUGUUUGGUAGCCCUCAGUUGGAAGUCUUAGUCCUCUCUUUUGUAGAAAGUGGUGAAAGCUUGUGUAUCCGAUCUAGUAGUUUGAAAGAGCUGUCGAUUAACAAGUAUUUAUGUAAUGCCGACACUUAUACGGAGAGGGAGCUAAAAAUUUGGACUUCAAAAAUUAAAUCCUUGGAAAUUUGGACUCCAAAUCUUAAAACCUUAGAAAUUAAAGGGAUUCCAUAUAGCAAGUGUUUGUUGAUGAAUGUCUCAUCUUUAAACCGUGCAACUCUUGGGUGUUAUGGUCUACAUCAUUAUGGUGAAUAUCAUUGGUACCUCAUUCACGGGAUUGAUGGCUUCACAAGCCGUUUUCUUGGAGAUUUAUUUGGUCAAAUUCUGCCAAGCAUCCAACAUACUGAAAACAUCACAUUAUUGUCCUGUUGCCAAAAGGUGCUUGGAACUAUGAUAGAGGGAUGCAUGAAUUCAGCUUCUCCUAAUGUCAAGUCCUUACAGCUCAGAUUUCACAACCCUAAAUCUGUAGGUAUGAUUAAGAUUUUCCCUCGCUCAAAGAAGUUAUUCAUUGAAGUUGUAAAAAGGGUCGAGUUCUAUGAUGAGCAACAUUCACUGCUGGGUGGUCGUUUCAUCUACUUCGAGCUUCAAAAUAAUCUUCCGAAGUCCUUUGUGCUGCAGUUGAGGACUGUUGAGGUUACUUUGGUUAAGGAUAACUUCAUAUUUCUAUUUCUAGAGUUUCUGUUGAAAAAUGCGAGUAAGCUAGAAAAGAUUGUGGUCCGAGUGAAAGGACCACUAAAUUCUUUGCUUGGUGUAUCACAGAAGCUGAUGAAAAUGCCAAGAGCCUCGCGAACUGCACGAUUUACUUUCUCUGAAUAUUGAUCUUACAAAGCUAUCUUCAAUCAUAGAGUAAUGGGUAAAAUGGCAGCAUUAUGUUUUGAUAUGUAUCACACUUGUUACCUUCUUACUGCUAUGAAUGAAAUUAUUGAUGAAACCUUAGAUUGUUA